AUGGUGCAACCCAAGAGUCCCAACCCCGUCACCCCCACCACCCCCGCUUUUCUCACUCGACAAGCCAUCUUUUAUGUUCCUCUAUUUGGAAUGGUGUCAUUUGGGUUGGCGGCGGUGGCAGCUCCGCAGCUGGCCCAUUCCUAUUUCAGUGACUUUCCCUUUCCGGAUGAUCCAUCCUACUUUUGGCAUUUUGCGCUACGGGAAUUCUUAAUGGGGUGCAUGUUUGGUACUGUGGCCGUCCACUAUCACACCUUGCCAGUGGCAUUUGUGAAACGAAUGCAUCAGUGCCAUUUGGCACUCUUGAUCCUGCACAUCAUCCUCAACAACACUGUCAUGCAAUACAGUCACUCCUUCAAAUCCUUUCUGAAUACCUUUCAAAUCAUCAUUCUUUUCUACAGUGGAUUUGUCUACCUGAAAAGUCCAUACUGA